AUGGCCAGGCAAGCUCUCAAAACACAGGCAGCCCGCAAUGCAGCCACCCUCCAACGCACCCAUCUGAUCGCAUUGGGUGUCCACGGCUUCCACCUUCUCUUACGCUUUAUCUUUGUGCGCCGUUCGUUUUGGGCAUAUCUCCUCCUCUCUUUCCCUUCCCUGCUUGUCCAAUUCUGGUUCGAGCGCGUCGGUCGUCCUACCUACAUCGACGGUCCCAAUGGCAAGGAAUUGAAAAGAGCUGGAGAGGAUCUCGAGGCCAAGGGUCUGACUGAGUGGAUGUGGGAUGUUGUAUACUGGUCCUGGGGCUGCAUUGUCCUGACCACUCUGGUGGGCGAUUGGGCAUGGUGGUUCUUCGCUGUGGUCCCUCUUUACUCUGCUUGGUUGGCAUACACGACCUUUACUGGUGCUCGCCAGGGCCUUAUGGGAGGUGGCGCCAUGCCCGCCGAGGGUGCCUCGAGCGGCGCGCAAAGCAAGCGUCAACAAAAGAUGGAAAAGAGAGGCGGCCAGAAGAUGCAAUACAGAUAA